GUAUUACACGUGAGUGCUAAGCUUCGAGCUGGACCAAGUUAAAAAAUGGGAGACAAGAUUCAUAUAGAUAAAAAAAAAUAUGACGAUGCGGACGAUUACGAGCCCACCGAUUCUGAGGCUGAAUACAGCGAGGAGGAAAAAGAAUUGUUGCGUGAGGUUCGCGAAAGGCGUAGACGUGACGAUGACAGCCAUGAAAAUGAGCUAAUGGCAUUCGAUGAAAGUGACGAUGAGGACGACGUGGAUGAUGGAGAUGUGGGCGCCCUAAUGCGAGACAGUGACAUAGAAGGCGCCGAAAGUGAUGAUGAUUUACCCGAUACUACCGAUUGGGGCAAAAAGAGCCGGAAUUAUUAUAAUACAGAUUUUGUGGAUCCCGAUUAUAGUACAUACACUGCCGAGCAGGAAGAGAUGGCUAAGGAAGAAGAAGAGGAGGCCAAGAAAAUACAAAUGCGCCUAGCGAAACAAAUGAAGGAGGAAGAUUUUCUGCUGGAUGACGCACUGCUGCAUACUAUUAAAUCAAAGAGCAAGGCGCAAAAGCCAGAAACCGAAGAAACAAUCAAAAUCAAAGCCGAUCUUUCCGGCAUAACCAAGCGAGAUAAAUUACGUUUGUUCCAAGAAGAUUCGCCAGAAUUUGCGCCGCUUGUAAACGAUUUUAAAGGCUAUGUGAAUGAAGUGGAACAGGUGAUAUCACCUGUAUUGAAAUAUGUACGUCAAAAUAAUGUGCCCAUGAUACCAGCAUUACAAUUUGCAGAACUUUACCAAAACAUAGCAUUAAGUUAUUGUUCUAACGUGACUUUUUAUCUAUUGCUGAAAGCUAAACGUUCCGCUGUUCGCAACCACCCCGUUACAAAGCGAUUGCUUCAAUUUAAGAAACUAAUUAAGCAGCUACAAGAUAAAUAUGAAAACAUAAUACGCCCACAGCUGGUAGCGUUGUUGGAGCGCAUUGUUGAUGGUGAUAAAUUCCAAGUAUUGGAAGUGAAGGAUGUCGUUGAAAGGACAAAAUUGAAGAAGAAAACAAAAUUAGGAAUACUCGAACAAUACGGUGAUGCCGUUGAGAAUAAUGAUGAACCGCAGAUAGCAAAUGACGGCGCCGAGGAUGGUAAAGUGAACGAAAUCGAUGCUUCCGAUGGUGAACUGGAGGAAGAUGAAGACACGCGUCGCGGAAUUACCUAUCAAAUGGCCAAAAACAAGGGUCUUACACCUGCGCGCAAGAAGGAAUCGCGAAAUCCACGCGUCAAGCACCGCAACAAGUUCCGCAAGGCAUUGGUCCGGCGCAAGGGCGCUGUACGAACCGUGCGCAAAGAAACAAAACGUUAUGGCGGCGAAAUAUCCGGUAUCAAAGCGGCAGUCAGCAAAGGUGUCAAAUUCAAAGUAUGAAAAGUUUGAAUUUAUUCAUGUAUGCAUAUCUAUUUAUAAAUACUUGUGUAUUUUA